AUGGAACACGAUCUUCGUCAGCGGAAGCAUGUGAAUGCGACAGCUUCUUCUGUGAACAAUAAGUCUCAUGCUUAUGCUGAUGCUGAGCCACGUCUAAAGCAUGGCCUUGCCAUGCAAAUCUUUCGCUCCCUCUUGCUCGCAACAUGGUUCAACUGCUGUUGCGUCGCCAUCUUAGCAACACAAGUCAUUGGCUCCCCACUCUAUCUGAUCAGCAAGGAUUACUACUAUGCGUACAUGGCGUACACCAAGCAAUCGUUUGGACUAGUGAUCACGGCUCUUACACAGUGGGGUUGUCCAACCGUCGUGCGCGUUAGCGGAGACAAGAGUGUGCGGAACCAGAUUCACCUGGCGGAGGAUGGACGGUUGCGAACAGAUUUCCCAGAGCGACUUGUGAUGAUCGCUAAUCACCAGGUUUAUACGGACUGGAUUUAUUUGUGGUGGGUCGCAUAUACGAACCAGAUGCACGGCCGCAUCUUUAUUAUUUUGAAAGAAUCCCUCAAAUACAUCCCCAUCAUCGGCCAGGGUAUGACUUUCUAUGGCUUCAUCUUUAUGGCUCGGAAGUGGCUCUCGGACAAGCCACGGCUUCAACAUCGCCUGGAGAAGUUGAAGACGCAGCACUCGGGAUCUCAGUCGAGUUCGCCACAGUAUGAUCCCAUGUGGCUGCUGAUCUUUCCCGAGGGAACGAAUCUGUCGAUAAAUACCAAACGACGGAGCGCAGAAUACGCGGCGAAACAAGGGCUUCCAACUCUGAAACAUCAAAUUAUUCCCCGGUCGACUGGCCUCUUCUUCUGCCUGCAGCAACUGCGGGGCACCGUUGAAUGGGUUUAUGACUGCACUGUAGCCUACGAAGGACCUCCAAAAGGUAGCUUACCCGACAAGUACUUCACGCUUCGGUCAACGUAUUUGCAAGGUCGACCACCGACAUCUGUUAAUAUGCAUUGGAGACGCUUUGCGGUAGCGGACAUUCCACUUGACGAUCAAAGCGAGUUUGAUGCCUGGAUCCGAGCUCGCUGGGCCGAGAAGGACCAGCUUUUGGAUGAAUGCUUUGAAACCGGCCGAUUCCCUACCGAAUUGGGAGGCUCUAUUGUUGUUGGCACUGAUACCCCAGAGCAGACAUCUGCGGCAGCCACCGGAUAUGCUGAGACCCAGGUUCGACUGGGGCACUGGACUGAAUUAGGCAGAAUAUUCAUGACCUGCCUACCCGGCAUUGCUUAUCCCAAAGCUAUGGCGUCUUCCCAUAAUGGCCACGCCAAUAGUACCAACGGCGACUCCCUACCGGCUACGAAAUCGCAAGCCAAUCUUCGCUUUUCCGACAUUCCUUCUGCGAUCGAUAUUCCCGCGUCGACACUUGACAGUGAAGUUGAGGUCAGCCUUGAAGUUCUUCCCGACGAUCCUACCGAGCUGUGCACCCUUUUGGAGAAUGAGAAAGCCGCCAAAAACUUUUGGGUGACUAUCGCGCUCGCGUAUGCCAAACAAAACCAACUUGAUCAUGCGAUCGACAUCCUCAACAAAGGGUUGGCCUCCGUCGGUCACGGGGCGAUCAAGGAGAAACUUGGGCUUUUGAGUUGGGUCUGCUGGCUGUUGAUGCUCAAGUGUCGGCAAGCGCCUCGUGUCUUGAACGACUCCGAGAUAUACACAGAUUCUAAGACCAAGGACUACUACCUACAACAAGCGACAUCUACACUGAAUGAGGCCUCGCGACUUAAUCCAGCUUUCCCCCCACUGUUUCUGGCGCGCGGUGUUCUGUCCCUCUUGCGCGCGUCGAUGCAGCCUCUGCGACCCACGCGCACUGGCGGUAUCGAUACCUCUGAGCGGGCCGAGUCGUUACGCCAGGCACUUAAGUGCUUUGAUGAGUCGUCCAAAGCUUUUGGUGGUCGCAAUGCAAUGGCGAUUCUUGGCCAUGCACGUGCGCAGUAUAUGUUGGGUCGCUAUGCAGAAGCAUUGGAAGGGUAUCAGAAAGUAUUGAUGAAGAUGCCUGGGCUACGGGAUCCUGAUCCCCGCAUUGGUAUCGGCUGUUGUCUGUGGCAAUUGGGAUUCAAGGAGCAGGCGAAAGCUGCCUGGGAGCGGGCGCUUGCAUUGAACCCCGAUUCAAAAGUGGCCAACAUUCUCCUUGCAGUCUACUAUUUAUACGACAGCUCUCGGCACUCCACCACAGACCCUGCCUUUGGUUCCUUGUACAAAGUCGCCAUGACACAGUACACGCAGAAAGCAUUCAAAUUGGACAAAGAGUAUCCGAUGACAUGCGCUCUGUUUGGCAGCUACUUCCUUCUACGCAAAUCAUAUAGCACCGUUGAGAGUCUUGCCCGCAAAGCCAUUCAACAGACGGACGUGAUGCCGAUUGCCAGUGAUGGUUGGUAUUUGCUCGGUCGGAAAGCACACUAUGAAGGCGACCUCGGUCACGCAGCGGAGUAUUACAAUCGAGCGGAUCAGGCCCGCGGUGGCGAGAACGGCUAUCUUCCUGCCAAACUAGGUAGUAUACAAAUGCAGGUUUCCAGCAGCAAAGAUCUCGACGGAGCCAAGUUCCGGCUGGAGAAGAUCAUUCAACAGACCAAGAACCCUGAGAGUAUGAUUUUGCUCGGUGCCCUCUACGCGGAGGAAGUGUUCGCAGCCAAUAGCAAAGACGACAAGUCUGCCGAAGUGAAGAAAGCUAUCGGGCUUCUGGAGUCUGUCCGUGCGCUCUGGAAGGACGAGAACAAGAAGAUCCUGCCCGAUGAGUCAACCGCCCCCGAAAAGAGCAUGCAAUGCCUCACCCAGCUGGAGGAAAUGCAACUCGCGGAGAUCCCUGAAGAGGAACACCCCGAAGGAGUAGAGGACGCGGAGCAGAUCAAGGUUGCGCUUCGCAAACAGCUACCUCCGCAAUUACUCAACAACAUGGGCUGCUUUUUGUAUCAAGCUGAGAAGAUCGAGUUGGCUCGGACUAUGUUUCAAUCAGCGCUGGACGCCUGCGUCAAGUCCCAGGAGAAGGAGAGUGAGCUCGACAUCGACGCCCUGGUGACCACCAUCAGCUACAAUCUGGGUCGCACUUACGAGGCGGCCGACAUGCCAGACGAUGCCAAGAAGGUAUAUGGAGGCUUACUGGAGCGUCACGCCGACUACACAGAAGCCAACGCGCGAUUGACAUACAUCGCUCUGCGCCAGAGCCCAACGGAAGAGGGACCCAAGAAGAUGGCCAGACUGUACGAGGCCGACGCGACGAACCUCGAGGUACGGGCCCUGUUCGGCUGGUAUCUGAGCAAGUCAAAGAAACGCGCGGCCAAUCUGGCGGAAGACCACGAGCAGCGCCACUACAAACACACCUUGCAAUAUUACGAUAAGCAUGACCGGUACUCGCUCACGGGAAUGGGCAACAUUCAUCUGUCGGCAGCGCGUGACAUGCGACGGGAUACGGACCAAGACAAGGAAAAGCGGCGGAAGAUGUACGAGCGUGCGGUGGAGUUCUUCGAUAAGGCCCUGCAGCUGGAUCCGCGGAACGCCUACGCAGCGCAGGGUAUCGCGAUUGCGCUUGUAGACGACAAGAAGGACCACGCGUCGGCGGUUCACAUCUUCUCCAAGGUCCGGGAUACCCUGCGCGAUGCUAAGCUCCGCCAGUUCACGCGAUCGAUCGAGCAUUACGAGGCUGCGCUGUCCCGCGACCGGGCUCGUGACGCGCAGAUCCUGGCCUGCUUGGGCCGUGUCUGGUUACUGAAGGGCAAACAGGAGAUGAACUUACAGGCCAUGAAGACAGCGCUUGACUACGCCCAACGCGCGCAUGCCGUUGCGCCAGGCCAGGUUCACCUUGAAUUCAACAUCGCCUUCGUACAGAACCAGAUCGCCUCCUUGACGUACGGUCUUCCGGAGACGCAGAAGACGGUGCAGGACGUGCAGGAUGCAGCGGAUGGGCUUCACAAGGCCGUGGAAACAUUUGGGCGGAUUGCGCAAGCCAAGAACCCCCCCUAUCCGGCGAGUGCCUUGGAGCAACGCGCCAACAUGGGUCGCACGAUCAUCAAGCAGCUUGAGCGUGCCCUUCAGAGCCAGAAGGAUUACGAGGAGAAGAAUGCGGCCAAGCUCCAGCAGGCGCGCGAGGCGCGCGAAGCGGAGAUCCGGCGCCGAGAGGAGGAGGUGCGCAAGGCGCAGGAGGCCGAGCGAGAGCGCAAACAGCGAGUUGCCGAGGAGCGCCAGCGCAUGGUUGAGGAGGCUCAACGAUUGGCAGAGCAGCGCGCCGAGGAAGAACGUGCUCGCGAAGAAGCGGAGCUGACUACCGAGUCGGAAACGGGCGCCAAGGUGAAGCGCAAGAAGCGGACAACGUCGAAGCGUAAGAAGAAGGGCACCGAGGACGACUUCAUCAACGAUGGUGGCGAUUCACCCCGUCAGGCGAGAAGCAGCGGCAGUGAGAGCGAGGGUGAGACGGCACCGAAGAAGCGUCGGCGCCUCGAGCGUCGGGCUGGAGGCAAGCUACAGAGCAAAUUCAAGAGUAGCGAGAUGGCAGUGGCUCCGGCGGACGAGGAUCAAGCGAUGCGCGACACGGGGGCGGAUGAUGAAGAGGAAGAGGAAGAAGUGGUACAGCGGCGCCGAGCCAAGGUCACGCGGCGCGUGGCUGAUGAUGACGACGACGAUGAGGAGGAUGAGGAUGCGAAUGCAGAGGUUGGCGCUUCCGUGGCUGGAAGGGGCGCAGGAUCUGGGGCUGAGCCUGAAGAAGAAGGUACAGGUACUGGGGCCGAGGACGGAGGAGCUGCUGUUGGGGGCGAUGAAGGUCAUGGAGAUGACGGGGAUGACGGGUUGUUCAGUGAAAACGACGCAGAGGAUACCAUGAUGCAGGAUGAUGAGUGA